UUUAGUCAAAACAAUAUACAUUUGGGUGUUCCUAGAUAUUGAAAAGUAAUGUAGUUCCUACCUUGUUUUCCACCGCAUUGUGAAAAGGUUUCGCGUACGUGUGAUAUAGAUAUCACUGAAUGUAAAUAUAUAAUUAUUUAUUCUUCCUUUUUUUUGCAUUUACUAUAUAUCGAUUGAACGUUCUUGAAUCUCUGAAUUGUUACUGAUUUUGAAAUGAGGCAGAUUUCGGGUUGUUCAUGAAUAAUGUGAACACGAUAUCCUUAUAUCUUUAAAAUUGUAUCAAAAAAGGACCUUUCGCAAUAUUCGAUAUUUUGGCUCGGAUCGGUAGUUAUUGAAAAAUUCUGAAUUUAGGAAUGUCGAAAUACUGUGCAUUUUAAACCUUUAAAUGGUUUGCAGGUUGCCAAUUGUGCAUGUUGCUGGAGCAAAGCAAGCUGAUAUUUACAGAAAGAUUUGAUACUGACAAAAAGUAUGCAGUCCCAGCAAUACAGUUCACAGUACAACCAUAACCAAAGUUAUGGAGGAAACUCACAGAGUGUGAUAGUAACUCAGCCAACCCCCGGGGUUGUACCAGUUGUUCCACAAUCACAAUACAGGGAUUGGAUGAUCAUCUCAAUUCUUGUUCUUGUCUUCUGUUUUUGGCCCACUGGUAUACCUGCAGUGAUUUAUUCUAAAAAGACAAACAAUGCAAUUCGUGAUGGAGAUUGGGCACAUGUUUCCAUCUACACAAAGCAUGCAAAAACAUUUGUCAUUAUCUCUCUGAUCGUGGGAAUCAGUUUAAUUGUCAUUUCCAUUGUCGUGCGAGUUGUUCUUACAAUUCUCUUUUCAAGCUGAACUCAUUUCAAAUUUGAAUCAUCCAAUUUUAAUUUUCAUUGACCUAUUUAAUUUUGUUUAU